GAUGACUCUGUUGGAGGACAACCAUCCAUGUGCCAUGUACAACUACCUUGUGCAUGUGCAAACAGGCCACAGAAGAGGAGCUGGCACCACUGCCAAGGUUAUGACGACCCUCCAAUUCAAAGAAGGGCAAAGUGAACAUUACAAUUUGUCCGACCCUGAGAAGCCAGUGUUUGAGAGGGGAGGGGUGGAUGUGUUCCUGCUCAGUGUGCCCUUCUCUCUUGGAGAACUGCAGAGCAUUGACAUAUCGCAUGACAACUCAGGUGGAAGCCCUGACUGGUACUUGGACAGAAUCUUGGUGCAGGAUUUACAGACGCAGGAGGUCACACACUUUCUGUGCUCCACGUGGCUGAGAGGUGAAAUAUGCAAGAGGACCUUCAACUCAGCUAAAAUGAAUGAAGUUGCAAGCUUUGGCAAUAUCUUCCAGACCCGGACAUCUUCUGGCUUCCGGGAUGAGCACAUCUGGGUGUCAAUCGUGGACCCCCCACGGCGCAGUCCUUUCACACGUGUUCAGAGAGUGUCCUGCUGCAUGUCUCUGCUGCUCUGCACCAUGGCCAUUAACAUCAUGUUCUGGAACCUUCCUGUUGAUAAAGACUCUCCUGUCCUUCUAAAGAUAGGCUCUUUUGCACUGACAUGGCAGGAGUUCAUGGUGGCAAUAGAGAGUGGCCUUUUCAUGUUCCCCAUCAACAUCCUGAUCAUUACUAUCUUCAGACAUAUCAAGCCACGCAUUCUCCUGAACAAAGAGAAGGAUGGCACCUCCAAGAAAACAACACCAGCUGAUGCUGUUUCUAUGAACUCUAUCAUAAAGGAAACCAUAGACCUGUUAAAUCAUCUGAGCAAAAGCCCGAAAAACAUGCUGGCUGCCAAAGAGAUACGGCCGGAGACCAGUGGCGAUCUUUUCUGGGCCCUGAAUAAAGUGAAUGAUGUCCUUCAGAUUAUGCAAGUGGAAAAUGUUGGUGAUCCUCACUGGUCGUACUGCAGCCGCUUUGUCUUCUAUUCACUGAGCCACAUUUCUAACCUGCUGGAGCAUGUGGGAGAAAAGGGCUUUUUCCUAAACGAGGAGCUUCGGCAGGCACGUGGGACAGUCGGUGUCCUGCUGAAGAAGGCUGAAAUGGCUACUCUCCAGCACGCUCCCCAAAGCCAACCAGUUGUGCAAGUACAGCAGAAGAAGCAGGGUUGGUGGUUGCCUUGGUGGUUUGUCUUUGUUGGUUGGUUCCUGCUUUUUGCCAUGAGUGGUUUUUCCACCUUCUUUACCCUGUUUUAUGGCUUCCAGUAUGGAAGGGAGUCUUCCAUACAGUGGGUGAUCACUCUUACAUUAUCUCUCGUCCAAAGCAUCUUCAUCUUGCAGCCCCUUAAGGUCAUAUUUGUGGCGAUCUUCUUCGCCAUGAUCCUGAGGCCAGUAGCUGUGGAGAACAACGAGGAGGUUGAACUGCUCCUGCAGGAGCAAAAGGAAAAAUGUGAGAAAUAUGCUGGGAGGUCAAUAUCCUGAUUACAUCUCACCUCGGACUCAAAUUGUAAAGAAGGAGGCUUGAUUUGAGACGCCAUCAAACUCACACAAUUUUAUUCUAGAUUUUGGUGUUGGGAACAGAUGAUAUGCCAUUUCCAUGUCUAUGCAAAUGACUGGCGUCUCACUGUCUCUUGCAGAUUAUAAUCCAUUUGUGUAGGCAGACUUUAUAUUUCAGGUUUAUAUUUUAGUAAUUAUUAUUGUGUACAGGUCUUUGUCUCAAAAUAUAGUUACAUAUUAUUGAUUUAGUCUAUACUGUUACAAAAAUAAUGGUGUAUAGUUUAGCAUACUUAAGUUUUUCUUUACUUUUUGUUUUCUGAUCAAAUCAGAAAAAAAGGGUUUUCUAAUAGAUUAUGGCAUUAAUGUCAUACAUGAACAUAUUUACAUUUUGGUGGGAAGUGUCUUUCUAUACAUUGCAUUUUUUGGUUAACGUACUACAAUAGCAUAUUGUCAUUUCACUCACAUUUUGGUAACUGUUGAGUAAAUAGUACUGCAGUGUGUCUGCUGUAAUUGUUGAGCUUUGCUUAAUGUCAUCUCAGUAUGAGGGGUAGGUCAGUGUCAAUGUUGAAACUAUACUAAAUUUUUUUUAAAAACACUGAAUAUUCUCAC